CAAAAUCCCUAAUUUUUCCAACCGUCUGUCUCUCUUCUCCGUGGGAUUGCAACAAAAAUGGGUACAGAAGAGGAAAGUGUAUCUGUGGAGCUACCAGCACCUUCUUCAUGGAAGAAACUGUUUUUUCCAAAUAAAGUGGGAACAGUGAAGAAAACAGAGAUUGUGUUUGUUGCUCCAACGGGUGAAGAGAUCAGUAACAGGAAGCAGCUUGAUCAGUAUCUCAAAUCUCACCCUGGAAACCCUGCCAUCACUGAGUUUGAUUGGACCACUAGUGGGACACCUAGGAGGUCUGCAAGGAUCAGUGAUAAGAAGACUAAGUCCACUCCUUCACCAGAUAAAGAGCCACCCAAGAAGCGAGGUCGAACUAAAUCUUCAGGGUCCAAGAAAGAUACUGAAGAAGGUGAGAAACCAGAGGGUCAAGGAGUGGAGAACUCUCAUGUGCAAGAAGAAGAUACUGAAAUGUCUCCUCCUCUUAAGGGAACAGAAGAGAAUGUAACUGUUAAGGAUGGCUCUGGUGACACUGAGAAGGUUGCUGAGGAGACUCCUGAUCCUGCUCCAGUUCAAGAAGCUGGUGGUGAGUUGAAGAAGGAGCAACCACAGGAUCUAGUUGGAGACAGUAGUAAGGAGAGAGUGGAGUCUCAGACUGACAAAGUAGAGGAGAGUGGCACGGUUGAUGCAGAGAUCAAGACCGCUGAAGCUAAGGAAGGUGCAGGUCAAGGCCCACCUGAGUCUGAGGCCAAGACCAGAAACCAGGAGGGAAAUGGUCUGACAACAGAAGCUGAGGGGAAAGAGAAAGCGGCUGAAGCAGAAGCUAAUAUUUAAGUCAGUAACCCUCUGCCUUGCUCUCCUUUUGUUAGAGCAUUAAAUAUAAGUCAGUUUGUUUCUAAUUAUCUAUCCAUACUCUUCUUUUUUUUUUUGUAUCUAAUCAGAUGAUUAUAUCCAUGAAAGAUGUUAUUAGCCUGAGCUGUUUACUAUUUGAAUAACUUUAGUAUUAUGACUAUGCAUGUUAU